AUUGUUCUUCACUUCUUCUCUUCUAAUGGCGUCUCCAUCUUCUUCUCACUCCCAAAUCAAAACACUCUUAGACGAAGAUGACUCAAACCCUUUCUUCCACUUCCUCAAUAAUCUCUUCUCUGACGACGAAGCCGUACGCCGCCCCGCCGAUUCCCUCUUCAAUGCCGCCAUGAAGGAGUUUCCCAAUGCUCUUUCUAACAAGCUCGCUUUCGCCAUCAACUCCAACCCUAAUCCCCAAAUCAGAAUUCGCUGCUCUACCCUCUUCUCCCGAUUUCUAGACAACAAUUGGCUCCUCCUAGUCCACCCAAUGUUCCAUACAAAAUUCAAGACUUUCUUUAUCCAGCUCCUCAGGGAUGAAGAGGAUUGGGAGGCCCUUAAAAUUCACUGCACCUGUGUUUCCAAAUUGGCCGCUCUGUUUUUUCCCAAGCCCGGCUGGCCCGAAUUGCUCGUAUCAAUGUUCCAAUGGCUAUGUUCUCCGGACUUCACUCUUACAAAUCCGGCCUCUGUUAUCUUGCUCAACAUACUGAUUCCAAAAUACUGUAGAUUUUUUUAUGACUAUGCCGAUAUUUUGAAUUUAGUGUUUCAGCGCUUAAUGGAUCAGGGCUCUGGAGAUACCAGGCUCAGAAGCGCAGCCGUUGGUGCUGCAGUGAAGUUGAUAGUGUAUUUAGCUAUUCCCAAUGAUUAUUAUGAGUAUUACGGUCUGUUAACUGGAAUGAUCAGCGUAUUGGGGGAUGUUAUUUUUGGUGAUCAAGAUCUUGCUUGUAGCGUGCUUGAUGAAAUGGUUGUGUUGGCCAGAGGAAAACCAUGGUUCUUGGCGGUUCAUAUUAAGUCCAUGGUAGAGGCAAUGCUUAAGAUAGUGAGUGAUACCGGUUUGGAAGAGAAAACGAGGAAAUUAGCAGUAGAGUUCUUGGUCACAGUGGCUGAGGGAGGAGAUGAAGGUUAUGAAAUGAUUCAGAAGCUGCCCAGUAAUCUAAUUGAAGAGUUGCUCGCACAGUUGCUUCGAAUGCUGAUGUGUGUUAAGGAUGACAUUUCUUGGAUGGUGGAAGAAAAUGCUGAUGAUAUGGAAGCAGAAGGCAAAAUGAGUAUAUCCUGUUAUGCUGAGGAGGCUUUAAGCAGGCUGGCAAUUGCACUGGGGGGAGAUGUAAUUUUGCCCAAUUCUCGUGAUAUGCUCCCAGGUUUCUUUGAAGAUGAUGAUUGGAAAAAGCGCUAUGCUGCAGUUACUGCCUUGGGCCUAAUUGCAUCAGGCUGUUCAAAGAUGUUAGUACAAAACCUGGAACAUUCCGUGGAAAAAAUAAUGGAACUAGUUCAUGAUGAGCACCCUCGAGUGCGCUUGGCAACUCUCCAUGCAAUUCGCAAAUUCUCAAAGUCCUUAAGUCCCUUUUUUCAAGAACAAUGUCAUCGACAGGUUAUUCUUGCUUUAUCAGAUGCCAUGGAUGAUUUCGGCAAUCCCAGAGUGCAGAUACAUGCAGCAUCAGCAUUGACAAGUUUCAGCCAGAAUUGUUGUUCAAAUAUAUUGAAAUCAUACCUUAAAGAAAUAAUUAGCAAAUUGUUUAUAUUCCUGCAGAAUGAAAAGACAGUUUUGAAAGAAACAGCUUUGAAAGCCUUAGCCUCAUUAGCUGAUUCAACCAAGGAUGAUUUUCAACCAUUCUAUGCCACGGUUUUAUCCUACCUAAAAUAUACAUUAAUAACUGCAAAAGAAAAUUCCAAUUGCAUGCUAGUUGCCAAAACCCUAGAGUGCAUCACUUUGGUUGCAGUGGCUGUGGGAAAAAGUGUAUUCUCUGCUGAUGUUGAAGAGAUUGUUAAAGUUCUUGUCUCAUUACAAGAAUAUAAUUGUAGUCAGGUGACAAGUUAUUUGCUCCAAGCAUGGGGUCGAUUAUGCACAUCUUUAGGGGAGGACUUUCGUCCUUACCUAAGUGCUUCUAUGCCACAGCUGAUAAAGUCAGCUGAGCUCCAUUCCCUAGUGGCUGAUGAUCGGAAUAGCGAGAAUGAGCUAAGAAGCAUUGUCUUGAAGGAGAUAUUAUUGGCUUGUAAAACGUUAGGCUGCUUUGCUGCUCAUAUCAAAGGAGGACUGCAUUUGUGGAUUCAGGAGGUUUUAAACGCUGUACUUCCACUUGUCAAUUUUAAAUUCGAUGAACAAGUUAGAAUAGCUGCAAUAUCAGUUAUGCCAUUACUGUUGCAAUCAGCUGCUAUUGCUAUGGAAAACAAGCUUCUUAUUCCGGGCUUUUUAGAUUCUCCAAUUGAUGCUUUAUCUAAGACCAUAACCCCAGCUUUGCUAGAAUCCUUAGAGGCAUCAGGCAUAAAAACUCAAGUGCAAAUUUUGGCGGCAUUGAAUCAAGGCUUUCAGAUUGCUAAUACUUGGAUACCAGAUGAUACAGAAACUGUUGAGAGCCUAUCACAGGUUCUCUCAGCAUGCUUCCACCGGAAAGCAGGAAGAGAAUAUAUAGUACAGAAUAGCUUAAUCUUUCAGAAGCCUGAGCUGCUCAAGGAAGAAAUUCAGGAUGAGGAAAAUGUUUGCAGAGAAGUUCGCAUUUGCUUUCAACUUUUGAUAAAAAGGCUCUCUGCUCAGAAUCUCGUUCUUCAAAUUUACUUUGUAAAACAUAUGUGGGCAAAGAGUGCAACACUAGAAAAAAGAAGAAUGGCGUUGAGCAUUUUUAGUGACAUCGCAGAGCAAUGCGGAGAACAAGGUUUAAGGCACUAUGCGGUAAUCAUUCCAUUCCUGUUCAAAGCUUGCAAGGACACAAAUCCAGACACUCGACAGAUUGCUGCCUGUGCAAUUGGUAUAUUUGUUGAGUUUGGUAGAGAAGUGUUUAAGCAGCAUCUCCAAGAUGGACUGUCCAGUCUAGAAGAUAUAUUUCAGCACAGUGAGGGAAGUGGCCUAGAGCACUUCAUGGCUAAAGAUGCUGCUGUUUGUGCUUAUGGGAAAGUCUGUUUCUUCCUGUGUGAAGAAAUUAACUCGUACGAGAAUAUAGAGCUUUGGCUCUUCCAUUUGCCAUUGAAAUGUAAUUUUGAUGAAGCCAAAGCUGCCCAUGGACUGCUUUGUUCCAUGGUUGACAAGCCAGAGACUAGGGUUACUGGUCCUGAAGAUGGUUACAUUAGCAGAAUAAUUACAAUUAUGGCUGAGGUUCUUUGGGCUGGAAACAAUUUUGCAACAGAAGAAACCCGGAGCAUGAUGAUUCAACAGUUGAAGAUGUUGAAGCAGAAAUUAGCAGACAAGUUUAUAGGCAUAUGUAAAUCAUUGCCCCCAACUCUGCAGAACACAUUGUACAGCUGCUGCUUGUCAUCAUGAUCAUAUGGCAAUUCAAGCAUGAGAAAAU